UCCCGGAAUCGACAGUCUUCCCAACUGACUGACUGAAAACAAACAGAGGAGCUUUAAUCUAUUUAUUCCUGUUUUAUCUUAUUCUUAUUAUUAAUAUUUUUCACCUAAAGCUUUACUCCUGUUUAUAAUCGAGAGUUUAGAGUUAUUUCAGCGGGUUUAAAUUCGGUUUGAGAAAUGGUUCGGUUUAUGAAAGGAAAGACAGAGAGAAGCUGUCUGUGCUCUGUAUAUUUAACGUUAUUCAUAUUAUAUAGUUAUUAAUUUAGGUAACGUUAGUAUAAGGAGUGGAGUCUAUAUAAUCCUACUGUAUUCGUAGAGAUGAGGCUGUUUAGAUCUGGCUGUUUAGUGAGAACUACUCACCUGAUCCUCACCUGGGUGACAACACUGAUUCUCUUUCUUCACAACACGGAUCUACGGAAGUGUGAGGAAAGAGGAGAGCUCCUACAGCCUGUGCUGUUCUUCAUCGUAGUUCUUCUCUCAGUUUUGAUGUAUUUCACCGUAUCUCUCAUGGAUCCAGGAUUCGUUCUCUCAGACAGCGACACUCAGCCAAGUCUAGAGGAUGAUGAACUGGAGGAAAUGAUACCAAACAGCGAUGUUUCUCAGCGUCAGCGCCGCUGUGGCUACUGUUUUCUACUGCAGCCAAUGAGGGCGAGACACUGUAAGGAGUGUAAGCAGUGUGUGAGACGGUAUGAUCAUCACUGUCCGUGGAUAGAGAACUGUGUGGGUGAGAGGAAUCACCGCUGGUUUUUGCUGUACCUGUGUGUUCAGUUACUGGCCGUUUCUUGGGGACUGCAAACUGCCUGGUCUGGAAUCACAUUCGUGUCGAGCUGGCGAGAGUGGCUGAUUCAGAACUGCUUCCUGCUGGGGGCUCUUGGUGUGACGGGGGUUUUCUCUGUGGUGGUGGUGCUGCUGCUGUGUAUACACCUGUACCUGGCUGCCGUUAACACCACAACCUGGGAGUUCAUGUCUCGCCAUCGCAUCUCCUACCUCAAAACCUGCGACUCUGAGGAGAACCCCUUCGACAGAGGCCUGAUCUGCAACCUGUGGGACUUUUUCUGUGUGUGUCGGACGGUUGCGUGGGAGAGGGUUUACUCCAGGAGGAGCAAUAGUGCUGUAUAACACAAGUACUGCACUAUACUAAUAAUAAUAGCAGAAUUGUAGGAUUGAGACUUAUAAAGUGCCUUUCUAGUCACCAAAGCACUUUCAAAUAACAUUCUGCUAGGCCUGUUGCGAUAAUUAUAUUAUCGACUUAUCGUACAAAAAAUGAACGUUGAUUAUUUUUGCCGCCCUCAAUAUUGACCAUUGUUUUUAUUAAGUCUAUUUUAGCGAAAAUGUUAUGUAUAACUCUGCUCUUUUAACUCUUACAGAUCCUGUGUACAUUAUUGUAGACAUCAUGUAUUUUCUUGUUUUGUUGCACAUAACACUAAUUGAGACCUGCUUUCCAUGAAUAUAUUAUUAUUAAUAUAAUGCAUAUUAAACACAGGCUUCCUAUGAAAUUUAAAAUAAAUUUAAAAUUUUAGUUAAUUCAUAUAUAAUUUUACUUAAUAUAUCAUCGCUGUCCAACAAAAAAACAAACAUCUCCAAAACAGCAACUUCUCAGAGGGGAGAAAAAAUUGAAAAAAUUGUUUGGAGAAAUUCUAUUGGUUCAUUCAUCAAGAAAUAUAAACACAGUGUAAGGGAAAGGGACAGUUAGUCUGUUCAAAAUAUAUAAUAAUCUAAAAAAAAAAAUUCAUUGGACAAUGAUGCUAUGUGUGCCUUACAGACAGAAAACAGCAUUUUUAUGUUUUUUUCCCAUCACUGGAAUUUAAUUCAGGUCUGAAAGGGUUAAUCAGUCUCACACAGACACACACACAAAGUACAGUUUUACUGCUGCUGUAGUCUUUUGCACUGUAUAAUCAAGCGAUUCACAGACAUCUGUAUCCUUCUGAUAAAACUUUAUCGCAAUAAUUCCUACACUAAAUAAAACAGUUAUCGUGACAGGCCUUCAUUCUACACACAAUCCUUUAAACUCCUUUACAAUCCUUUAACAUCAGGUACAAAGGCAUUGACCCAGGACAGAGUGCCAGUCUAAAUCUGUGUAUACAGUCAUACAGAUGUUCACACACAUUUAAUUUACCUAUUCUCCAUGUUUUUUGUACUGUGGGAGAAAACCCAAGCACCCAGGACCCCAACACUGAGAGGUGAAUGUUCUCACCCUGCUGUACGGUUCUGUUUUAUCUGGUUAUUUUCCAGAGUCUGGAAUGCUCUACUUUACAUAUGCUAGUGUUAUAGCACAUCUGGAAGAAGGUGCUAAGUGCUCUAUGCUAAGUGCUCUGUAAAAUCAGUACAUUCAGCUGAAGCACUCAGCAAAGAUACUGAGCUUUCAGUUGUAUUUAUCAGGGUGUUGUGCCUAAUGAAUCACUCAGGAAUAAUACUUGUAGAUUAACUCUAAGUUAUAUGUUGGCAACCAAAUAAAACCUUUUUUACAUCA